AUGGCCGACUCCGCUGCUAUCUCGCUGGCAGCGAUGAGCCUCGAUGAUGAAUGCAAUGCCUGCGCCAAACCAACACCACUACCUGUCCUGAUCUGCUUCAAAUGCAGUGAGGGUAAAUCCCCGGAAGGAGAGUCGACUUACACCAAGUACUGCAGUAUCCGGUGCCGCACUGCGCAUCAAGGUCAACAUGCUCAACACUGUAAAAACCAGAAUAUUCGCAGAGCAAUCUAUCGUGCGGGCGAACUACUUCAGAGUGCUCUUUAUCAAAUGCGGUUGUUAGCGUUCGACUUGAAAAUCGACAGCGUCGAAAAGAAGGAUGACGUGCUAUACUUCAAGGACGGCGAAUACAAGGGCGGCAAGGAAUUUCCCUUCUACGCAUUUCCCGGCGACGUUGUGAAGGACCCGGGGGACGCGAAAGCUCUGCUCAGCUAUUCAUUCUGCAAUGACGCGCCUGUCUUUUUGAACUUCUUGGCCGAGAAAGCUCUCAAAGGACUCGCACGCUCUAUCGAACAAGCUGAAUUGCAGAUCUCUGCUCAAUGCAAAGUUCGGCGGAUUUACCCCAACGGCAAUGUGGCACCUGAUAUUGACAUGCACAGCGUCAUGGGGAUAGACGGGUGUGAUGGCGAGUCAUACAUCAUAGAUAUUACUGGUGCUCAAUACGGCCAGUUCAAAGCAGUCAUGCCGCUCGGAUCAUACGUGGAGCAGAACAACGCACGAGUCAGAACGAUGUACUAUGCAGGCGGUUCACGCGUGUCCGUGGUCAAGGACAUUAAGAUGAAGCUUGAGGAUCCAAGCAGCGAUCCACGUUGCCAGAUCGGACUGUUCAAGGUGGCAACUGCUUUGAACACAACUCUGGAAGAGUGGGAGGCCCGCUGGCAGACAAGCAUUGGUCAACUCUUGCUAACGGACAAGACCGUCUUUGCGAAAGGCAAGGAGGAACUGCUUUAUGAGUUGGGAAAUGCCGUGGAUUCCGCGCUCGAAGAAAUUUUCGAGGUGACAGAUAUGAAGACAGCACUUGGCUGGUUGCUCGAGCCAGCAGGUCAGGAGGUUCAAGAUCCAGGCGCAGCGACCGACGAGGAGGGUCGCAUGACUUGCAUCGUGUCGAACAAAGUCGAAGGCUCCAGGCUGUACAAGAUGUGGGUCGCACAGGGGAGGGCUGACUUGCAAGUUUCUCGUCCAGAGGAAUGGAAGACUACGCACGAGCCAAAUCUGGCAGCAGGAGGGACUAUCAGACUGGCUUUGCCUUCUCAAUGGCAGGGCCCAGCGUAA